AUGGCACCAAUGGCAACUUCCGAAGGUCCGCUCAACGGCGUCGACCCUAAGCCGACCAAUAUCAACGUGGCUAAGGCCAACGGAUACCGCAUGGAUUAUAACGGCUCUUCAACAAAUGGCACCAACAGCGCCAACAGUUCCACGUCCAGACUCUUCUCGCCAGCGUCGGGUUCUCGCCCGACAUCGUCUUCGUCCCGCUCUUACAGAGAGGAGCCUCCGUCCAACGGCAUCAGAUACAGUAAAUCUCAUCGUAUUCCCACAUUUGGAAUACAUGAGGAAGACAAUGCCCCAAGGUCACGGGCGUAUGCCAACGUCCGCACCUACGAUGACGAGGCCCGAAGGCAAUACCCUCGGAUAUCGAAGCCCGUUGAGUUGAUGCGCCACAGCUAUGACUGUGUGGUUAUCGGUUCUGGAUAUGGUGGUGCCGUGGCCGCAUCCCGCAUAGCAAGAACAAAGAAUGCAAGCGGCAAACGCCAGUCUGUUUGUGUACUUGAGCGUGGACAGGAGAAAUGGCCUGGAGAGUACCCUAGUGGUGUUCUCGACGCAUUUGAUCAAGUUCAUGUUUCUGGAGAGUUUGCCCCCGGAUGGCUCCCUAGCACUACCAUCGAGAGGGGUGAUCCGACUGGCAUGUACCAUUUGAUCUUUGGGAAGGGGUUGAAUGCUGUUGUUGGCAAUGGCCUCGGUGGAACUAGCUUGAUGAACGCCAACGUCUUCCUUGAAGCAGACCAGGCUACCUUAUCCAUGCCUAUCUGGCCCAAGGCUAUCAGAGAAGAUCCCAGCUGCUUGGAACAAUACUACCAAAGAGCUAGAGAUGUUCUCGAGCCGACCCAGUAUCCAGACGACUGGCCCGAACUCCCCAAGGUGAACGUCUUGAAGAAACAAGCUGCUGCUCUUGGCCUUUCCAGCAAAUUUAAAAUGGUUCCCCAAACAACUAGAUUCCGCAACGGCCCUAACAGUACCGGCGUGGAAAUGUGCCCGUCCGCGUUGACCGGACAGGACUGCACUGGCGUUAACGACGGGUCUAAAACAACGACGUUGGUGACUUAUCUUGCCGACGCAUGGAAUUGGGGUGCCGAAAUGUUUUGCGAAUGUGAAGUCCGAUACAUUAAGAAGGCCGAGGAGCACAUUGGAGGCUACCUUAUCUUUUUCGCCUGGCAUGGCCGCAACAGAGGCCACUUCAAGGCAAACCUCCACGGAGACUUGAUGUGGGUGCACGCCAAAGAGUGCGUGUUUCUCGGCGCCGGUGCUGUUGGAACCACAGAAAUCCUUUUGAGGAGCAAAGAGAUGGGGCUUUCCAUGAGCUCUCGUGUUGGCGAGAACAUGAGUGGCAAUGGUGAUAUGCUCGCUUUUGGUUACAACAUGGACGAGGAAGCAAAUGCCAUCGGAAAGCCAUUUCCCAACCCCUACAACCCAAUUGGUCCUACGAUUAACUCCGUCAUUGAUGACCGCGAAGGCCACGAGAACCCCCUCGAUGGAUACGUGAUUCAAGAGGGUGCAAUUCCUCGUUCUCUGACGCCCUUCCUCCAGACCUUGUUGGAGAUGAUGCCUGGAUCUGUCGAAGCCACUGGCGAGUCCUUUGCUGAGAAGGUUCGCUCUAAUUUCGCCAGAUACCGAAGUCACAUCUUUGGCGCAUAUCGUCAGGGCGGCUCCAUGGAUAAUACUCAGGUCUACCUCGUCAUGUCUCAUGAUAGCAGCCAGGCCAUGCUCACUCUCAAGGACGACAAGCCUGUUCUCGAGUUCCUUGGCGUAGGACGGAGCGACCAUGUCCGGAAGUUGAACGACUUGCUGGCCAAGGCAACCCAGGCCAUGGGCGGUACCUUCGUCAACAACCCGUUCGCUGCGUUGAUGGGAGGUCAACAAGUCACUGUCCACCCCAUCGGGGGAGCGUGUAUGGCUCGUGACGAUACUGGCGCAACUGGCGUUACGAACGAUGUUGGUGAAGUUUUUGUUGGAGAUGACGACGAGACACAUGAUGGCUUGAUUGUGACGGAUGCCUCUGUCAUACCUGGUGCUAUUGGCGUGAACCCCUUCGCUACCAUCACUGCUCUUGCCGAGCGCUCUGUCGAUGCGUAUAUUCACAAGAGGGAUCUUAUGAUCCACCCCAACCCCAACGGCAUUCUCGAUCUUUUCGGCGAACCCAAGUUCGCGCCGAAGGAGGAGAAGGACACGGUAGAGCUCAAACAAGAGAACGAAAGGAUCCACAAGGCCAAGUCCCUGAUCCACCAUGCCAACAGGGCAAAGGCUGGUGGCUUUGGAUUCACCGAGGUCAUGUCAGGAUUCGUUCAUCGCGACGAUGGGUUGAUUACCGACAAGCGAGACACCUACGAGCUAGCAUACCGAACUGCAAAGAGUCUCUGCGAAAGUGCCAGGUUCUUCCUCAGCGUUCAGUCCUUCAACACCAAGUCUAUGAUCAAGGAGCCCGACCACUCAGCCAUGCUCACUGGCACAUUCGUCUGCCCUACCAUCCGUGGAUCCCCGUUCAUGGUCCAACGUGGAGACUUCAAUCUCUUCAUCUUGGACCAGAAAGCUCCCGGAACGCGUAACAUGACGUACGACUUUGACCUGCGCGGUGUCAAUGGAGAGAAGUAUCAUUUCCAUGGAUACAAGGUGGUCGAUUCAUCGGUUGCUCUGGCCCCUUUCCAGUUCUGGAAGGCCACAAGUACACUUUAUGUCACCAUUUCUGAGCCCAGACGUGGACUGGAGGCUGGCGAUAACUGCGACGAGCAUUGGCGGCUCGGAAAAGUGGUCGCCAAAGGCAUCAUGCACAUCCAGCCCGCCGACUUCGUCUCUCAGAUCAUGACCAUGACACCAACGGGAAGCGGCCUGGUCAAGAAAGCCUACAGCGCGGCGAGUUUCCUGACUUACUUCACCCGCAAGUCACUGUCUCUUUUCCUGGCCCCAUUCACCCCAUUGCAAUACCCGAGCGUCAACUAUAACGGCUACGUCAACGACACUCCUCCAACGGCCUCGUUCGUCAUUGUUGCUCAGGACAAUGUCAAGACACGGAUGCACAUGUGGGAGUCGACCAACCCAAACAUCGAGACGAAGAACCUCUUUUUGAUUCCCGGCGCCGCCGUCGAUCAUCAGAUUUACGCCUUGCCCACGAUCAAAUACAACGCGGUCAACUACUUCACUCGCGCCGGCUACCGCGUUUUCAUCACGGUUCACCGCAUCGGUCAGCUCAUGGUCGCCCAGAACAACUGGACAACCUACGACGCCAGAUUAGACCUCCAAGCCUGCAUCGAGCACAUCCGUCAGGACUACUCGGACGGCAAUUCCAAGGACAACAAAGUCUACACCAUCGCGCACUGCAUGGGUAGUGUUGCAUUCUCCUGCGGCCUCCUUGACGGUACCAUCCCGGGAUCCUGGAUCCAGGGCAUCACUUGCAGCCAGGUCUUCAUGAAUCCUAUUUGGAGCACUCUCAACAUGGCCAAGGUCAUGGCUGGUCCGAUACCGCUCGAUAAAAUGUACAAGAUGGUCCUUGGCAACUGGUUUUCUUGCAGCACCGCCAAGGAUGACAGCAUUCUCCAGCGUGCCCUCAACGAGCUCCUCCGGCUGUACCCGGAAGAGCGCAAAGAGAUCUGCAACAACGCCUGCUGCCAUCGCUGUACGCUCGUUUUCGGCCGUUGCUGGAACCACGCCAACCUCAACGAGGCUACCCAUAGACAGAUGGACCGCUUCUUUGGCGGCGUCAAUAUGACACAGCUGCAUCUCCUCAUGAAGCAGGGCUUUGACGGGCAUGUCAUGACCAACGGGCCCCUGUUUCAGCCGCUCACGACGCCGCAGAACAUCCGCAGGCUGCGGGGCAUCCCAAUCAUGCUCUUCGUCGGCCGCGACAACGCUGUCCUCACGCCAGAGGCGACGGAGAGGACGUACGAGAUCCUCUGCGACACCUUUGGGUCUCACGGUAGACAGCUCGACGGCGGUGCUCCGGCUGGCAUUCAGUACCGCCGCCGUGUUGUUCCGGGCUACGGACAUUUGGACUGCUGGAUGGGUCGCAACGCGUGGAAGGAUGUGUACCCCUUCGUCCGUGAAGAGGUGGACCGCGUGGUGCGCGGUGAGGACUACCACUUUGUCGACCCAGACGACAAGUUCACCCGGAUGGUGGAAAGCGGCGAGCUACUGUACUAA